CUCAGUCCAACCCGGACGUCCAAGUGAGAUGUACGUUUUAGUGCGUUCCGUUUGUUGAAGUCUAUUUACUUCGUCUGUAAACUCGUGCUGAACUGUCAGCUGUCUGGUCAUUUUAUUUAUUAUUUUUAUUUAUUAUAUUGAACGACAAUUAUACAUUCAGUGCUACACCUUUGAACACUUUGGAGAUAAUAAUUGUGCUAAUGUUGUUUUUUGAUGGAGGAAGUCAUUGUUGUAAAAUUGAUCAAGAAAACUUGAAUUUUAGUUGAAGAAAAAAAAAGUUACUGUCCGACGGCCAAUCGAUACCACGCGACUAAAUCUCAAGAGAUUCGUUUUUCUUUCACGAAUUGACUUCUCGCUUCUGAAUUCCGAUCAACAUUUUUGCUUCUCAAUUUUCCAACGUUUGAUAACAUCUUGCCUUCAAUUUAGCUUGAUGUGAUCAAAACGAUCGAAUUUAGCUGAAUGACCGAUAUGUGGGGGUGAUAGAGACUGAGGUCCAGUCUUGACUUAUCUUGCCCAUUUGAUUUUAGUGAUAAAAAAUAUGCCACCGUGGACGAAAACUGUGCCACUUUAGUUAUUUCGCGUAUAUUUGAAAUAUAAUCAUCAACUUACAAAAUAUUUUUGUAGAAUUAAUGAUUGUUGUUCUUUUCAAAUACUUCUUUAGUGAGGUGUAUUUGACAUUUAACAUAUUUGCAUAAACAUCGUAUAGCACGUGUAGUGUAAGUGAUAAUUAAUUCAAGCACCCAUAAUUGUUGAUUACAACUUCUUUAUCAUCGAUUGAUCUGAACGUCAGAAUUAAAUCACCGCUAAGUGUCAUUUAAUUUCAAAUUGUCAAUCAAAAAAAAGAGAUCGCGAGGAAGUGAUGAGGGGUGUCGGAUAAAAAAAUCGUCGCGCAGGCGCCUGAUCCGAGUCCCGGAAAGAUGCCGCCAUUCUCCAGGGUCCUACUGAGCCCAUUGCUGCUUUUAGUGCUUACAGCAGGCAGCCUGGCUUACAAUUCACGGCAACCAGAGUGUGCAUUUCCAUCGCAAUGGGAAGGUACCUGGUUCCAGAGUGGCGUGCGACAACCCAUCCUCAUAUCCAAGAACAUCCUCUCAAGCAAGGGUAGAUGUCUGCGUAAUGAGGGAGACAAGUUUCUCGUUGUGGAUGAAAAAUCCUGUUACCGCUGUGUCGUUAUUCAUGAGAAACACACUAACGUCUUGCAGUAUAAAGAGACAUAUUGUCAUAGCAGAAAUUCUCUGGCAUCUCUGUGUUCCUAUAUAACUGGUGACGCUCUACUUUAUUCAAUGUUUCGUGAAGAAGCGUCGGCUGUGCCUUGUCCUUUUCGUGGCCCAAUGACCUUCACGUAUAACCGAGGCCAUGGAACAUGUUCUAGUCCACUCAGCAAUGUUGACACUUGUACAGACGAUAGUAGACUGCUCUUCAGGUAUCAAGCAUGUCCUGAUGUUCCGGCUUCAGAGAGUGCAGUGGAGGAACUAGAGUGUCUAGCAUUGUGGAAAGAGGGAAGCAGUCGAUAUCUCGUGGGUCGUUUACACCACGGCCACGCAUCAAGCAAUGAAGAGCGUUAUCGAUGUUUUGUAUACGAGAGAGCAGGCCAAAGUGUAGGUGGUUUGGGUCGAGCAGUUUUAGGAAUGGGGACUAUCGACCACGAGGUCACAUUUCCAGCUGGUGGACCCAUUCCCGAGGGUUCCCCGGAGGUUUAUCGAGUGGCACAAAGUGGUGACGCCACCUGUAAUGGUCUCUUCAGUCCCAUGGAGGGUUCACGAACGAUGACCUUGACAAAAGUAUCGUCGCCGGGUAAGUGCCAGUUUCCGAGUUGGCUCUCUGGAUAUCCGAAUAAUGGCCUUACAUGGCACACCCUCGACCUAGCUCGUUCUUUCACGUUCCAUCAUCGAAAUGCUACACUUCAUGUAAGCAGGUCAAACUCGUCUAGUACUUGGUUUGACAGUGGAUCCUCUGGCUUUCAAGAUAUUGUUGGUGAUGAAGAGGAUCAGGAUGUUUUGAUAUUAUGCAAUACUAUAAAACAGUCUAAUCCUACACAAACUGUAACAAUGCUUGUUGCUCACUUUACAGUUGGGUGCCGAAGUGGUUAUAUAUGUAUGACAUUCUACAAACGAGACGGCCAUGUAAUGGAGAUGCAAGCAGGCAAAACAAUAUCAAGACCAGAAGAAGCAUGCAGUCUAUCACACUACCAGUCUCACAACAUCCCCUACCUUACGUUAGUCACGAGUUCGCCGGAGCCCAAGCAAUGUCCUUAUCUCGGAAAAUUCACAGUGACUGGUGUUAAUCGUAAUCAAAGGAACAUUCGAGAGAACCGAAGAAAUUUACCAGAGUCAGUUAAUGAAGAAAUACGAGACACUGAACGAGUCAGACACUCAGAAGAUCGGUGGGCACGGAAAUUAGACUUUGAAGGAGAGAAAAGACGUGCCAACAAUGAGUAUUUGAUCCAUGAAAGACUAGGAAGAAAAGCUAGAUCCGAUCGAUCAAGUCGGUAUCAUACAGAAUCCAAAGGUUCAAGAAGAACUCGAAGAAAGUCAAGAGUUGAAGUUGCUGAAGAAGCUUCGUAUCGAGUUCAACGAAGUCCAAGAUUAGAAGACUUUCAGGUUGAUACUGAUGUACUUGCAGCACCACGUCAAUUCUGGGAGCCAGAACUUCAAGAUCCAGCUGCUUCAAGAGUCCUUCUGGCUCAUGAAGACUAUUUUGGAGACUAUGAAGUCGAUGAAAAACCGCACAAGCGAUCGUUUAAUUCUAAAGCUGUAUAUCUCUCUUAUCGUGAUCUUCUGAGAAUAAAGAGGAAUCUCGAAGUAGAAGAAGCAGAGGAAUCGGAUGAAAACUCUGAGAAAAGACAAAAAAGGGAAGAAGAUGAGCCGCAGUGUAGCCCUGCAGUUACAACUCUUACAGUAGGCUGUUCUACUGCUGAUCGGAUGGAAUUUCAGAGUGAUUGUGAAGACGACACUGAAGCUGUAACAGCCUAUUCAUGCCACGGAAGGUGGUUUGAUGCGGAAGGGACGCAAUUCGUGAUUGCCACUCCACUGGUGCGGAGAACUGGAUGGUCUAAUGGUAACAAUGGACCCCAAGCUUUCAGAAACAGUCGAAGACUAUGUUUCAUGUAUCGCGAAAGUGGUGGUGUCGUAAGUCUAACUGCCAGUCCCGUUGCGUGUCAGAGAAGUAUUCCACCACCACCACCAAUGUUGGCUUUCAAUGCUACAAGCAUUGGCCAAUGUAUGGAGACCAAUCACAGCAUAAAUCAGCGAGCGUCGUACCUGAUAUUCAUUACGACAAUCGUUAUUGUAUACCUCGAAAUUCUCAGGUGAUUUUGAGCGUCAUUUGGACAACUAAAAAAUACAAGUAUCAGAAGGAGAAGAAGAAAACUACGCUGGAGAUGCUCACAAAUUAAUUUAUUGAAUUGGAUGUUGUACACGAUGACCUCUAAUUGAAGCAAGAUUACGCGCUAGUCUUUUCUUUUUCAUUAAUUAAUUCUUAAAACAUUCAUUGAAACAAAAGAGAAUUUUAUUCAUGAUAAAAAAAAGUGUAUGAAUGAAAGAUAAGCGCGUUAAUUUAUCCUGUUAAAAAUUCAGUAGGUUUUUUACCCGUAGAGUCAUAGAUUUCGAUUGAUAAAUCGUAAUUAAAUAACAUGAAAUUAGUUCAUAUCAAGACGCAUGGCAAUAGGUCCGAUUUUUAACUUUAAUGUGACGGAGAAAAAUAUUAAAUUAUAAUAAGGAUUGUACUGCCGUGCGUACGGCUGUUAAUGUUUUAAUAUAGAUAAUGUAGAUACAGAAUAUGAGAUAAGAGUAAAAGUAAAAAAUAAAUAUUGGUAAAAGAAUAAUGUGUAUAGUUAACGCGCAUUAGUAUAUUUAAGAAAGUGAUCCAACGCAAUACCAUUUACACUGUAAAAUAAUAUUUAACUGAUACUAAAUGGAAAUAUUAAAAGAGUACACAUGAAAAAUUGUAAUAAAAAUCAAGUAUUAAGAUAAGUAAAUAUAAAUACAUAGGGUUGAAUUAGGUGAUUAUUAUAAAACAAAGAAGAGAAAAUGAAUGUGUAAAAUGUAAAUUGCUGUAACUGUGAUCAAUUAUCUUGCGCAGAAAAAUGGAGAGUAAAAAGUUAACAUUUUUCUCCUUUCAUUUUUAAAAAUAUUUUACAAGUAUUUUUAAUUUCAUGCAUUUGUAAACAAAUAGACUUAUCUAUUUACUCUCCUACUCUACCUAUAUUUCUCUUUCUCAUUUAUUAGCUUUAUCAACCUGACUAAACUGUUUGUUUUUUUCCUUGACUGUGAAAAAUACGUGAUCAUAUAAAUGAUAAUAAUUUUAUUAACAGGCAUUAAUUUCAAAAAACAAGCAAUAAUUCACGAGAAAGUUGUCUAUAAAUACCAGUACUGUUAUAACAUAUGCCAUGACGAAUUAAAUGACAGAGAUAUAUACAAUACUCAUUUAGAGAAUCUUUAUUGUUAAGCAAAUUGUUUGAUGAUUAUUGUGAAAAAAUGGUAUUUGAAAAAAUUAAAUAAUGAUGAGAAGAUGAGCGGGGGCAAGACAAAAAAAUAAUAUUAUUGUAAUUUAUGCAGAGU